UUAGCCGGUCAAGAUGAAGUGGUCAAAGUUCUAAUACAAAAUGGCGCCAAUGUUAAUGUGCAAUCUGUCAAUGGUUUUACACCAUUAUAUAUGGCCGCACAAGAAAAUCAUGAUGGUGUUGUCAAAUAUCUAUUAGCCAAUGGUGCUAAUCAAAGUUUAGCCACUGAAGAUGGUUUCACACCAUUGGCUGUUGCUUUGCAACAAGGCCAUGAUCGUGUUGUAGCUGUUUUAUUGGAAAAUGAUACAAAAGGCAAAGUACGAUUACCAGCAUUACAUGUAGCGGCUAAAAAAGAUGAUUGUAAAGCGGCAACAUUAUUGUUACAAAAUGAUCAUUAUCCGGAUGUAACAUCCAAAUCGGGAUUCACACCUCUUCAUAUUGCUUCACAUUAUGGUAAUGAAAAUAUUGCUGCAUUAUUAUUAGAGAAAAAUGCCGAUGUUAAUUUUGCUGCUAAACAUCAAAUCACACCAUUACAUGUGGCUGCUAAAUGGGGCAAAGGAAAUAUGGUAUCAUUAUUAUUGGAUUAUAAAUCAAAAAUCGAUUCAGCCACACAAGAUGGAUUAACACCACUUCAUUGUGCAGCACGUAGUGGACAUAAAUCUGUUGUUCAAUUAUUGAUUGAACGUGGUGCACCAAUUUCACCUAAAACGAAGAAUGGUCUAGCACCUUUACAUAUGGCUGCACAAGGUGAUCAUAUUGAUUGUGCAAAAGUUCUGCUGGAUUAUAAAGCACCAGUCGAUGAUGUUACCGUUGAUUAUUUAACACCAUUACAUGUUGCAUCACAUUGUGGCCAUGUUCGUGUGGCUAAAUUAUUAUUGGAUAAAAAAGCCGAUCCAAAUGCUCGUGCAUUGAAUGGUUUUACACCAUUACAUAUUGCAUGUAAAAAGAAUCGUAUUAAAGUUGUUGAAUUAUUACUCAAACAUGGUGCAUCUAUUGAAGCAACUACAGAGUCUGGUUUAACACCACUUCAUGUUGCAUCAUUUAUGGGCUGUAUGAAUAUUGUCAUCUAUUUAAUUCAACAUAUGGCAAAUCCAGAUGUACAAACAAUUCGUGGUGAAACACCAUUACAUUUGGCUGCUCGUUCCAAUCAAACGGAUAUUAUACGUGUAUUAUUACGUAAUGGUGCACAAGUCGAUGCUAAAGCACGGGAAAAUCAAACACCACUUCAUAUUGCAGCAAGAUUAGGCAAUUCAGAUAUUGUGUCAUUACUGUUACAGCAUGGUGCAUCGAUUGAUGCCAUUACUAAAGAUCAAUAUACUGCCCUUCAUAUAGCUACUAAAGAAGGACAUGAAGAAACGGCAGCAAUUUUGAUCGAUAAUGGAGCUUCAUUGACUGCUCAAACAAAGAAAGGGUUCACCCCAUUACAUUUGGCAGCUAAAUAUGGUAAUAUUAAAGUGGCUCGUUUAUUGAUUAGUCGUAAUGCACCGGUCGAUGCCCAAGGAAAGAAUAAUGUAACACCAUUACAUUGUGCUGCCCAUUAUGAUCAUGUAAACAUUGCAUUAUUGUUAUUGGAGGAAAAAGCAUCACCACAUGCAACAGCUAAAAAUGGCUAUACACCUUUACAUAUUGCUGCACGUAAAAAUCAGAUUGAUAUUGCUACAACAUUGUUGGAAUAUUCGGCCAAUUCAAAUGCCGAAUCAAAAGCUGGUUUCAUACCAUUACAUUUGGCAGCUCAAGAAGGACAUGCCGAUAUGGUUGCAUUAUUAUUACAUAAUCGAGCCAAUGUUAAUGCCAAAUCAAAGAAUGGUUUAACACCGAUGCAUCUUUGUGCACAAAAUGAUCGUGUUAAUGUGGCAUCAAUAUUGGCUAAAAAUAAUGCCGAUAUUUCGCCACAGACCAAUGAAGGUUAUACACCAUUACAUGCAGCUGCACAUUUUGGUCAAAUGAAUAUGGUUCGAUUUUUGCUUAAAAAUGGUGCCAAUGUUAAUACGACCAAUUGUCAUGGCUACACCCCAUUACAUCAAGCAGCACAACAAGGUCACGUUCAAAUAGUCAAUUUAUUAUUGGAACAUAAAGCAUCACCUAAUGUCAUCACUAAUCAAGGACAAACAGCAUUGUCGAUUGCACAGAAAUUGGGCUAUAUUUCCGUUGUGGAAACAUUAAAAGUUGUAACGGAAACCAUUGUCACAACAACAACAACAACCAUAACUGAAGAGAAAUACAAGGUUGUCUCACCGGAAAUAAUGCACGAAUCAUUUAUGAGCGAUUCUGAAGAUGAAGGAGGAGAUGAAUAUAUAGUCAAUAAUGUCAAUCAAAAUGGUGUUGGUGGCCAACAUCAUCAAACAAACCAUCAUGAUGAUGGUGUUGGCAAUAUUAUUACCGGUAAUGAUAUAAAACAUUCAUCCAAUAUAAAUGAAUUGAAAUUAUCACGGCCACAGACAAAAGUUUUCACCAAAUCUACCGAAGAGCUUUUUGUUGAUAAUCCAUAUCGUUAUCUAACUGGUGAUGAAAUGAAAUUUUUGGGCGAUGAUUCAUUACCUAUAGAUGUGACCAAAGAUGAACGUAUGAAUGAUACAUUUGGUAAAGAUUCAAUGGCUCCAAUCACCAUUGACGAAGAAUUAAUAUCACCACAAUAUUUUACCAUGACUGAAAAUUAUGUAAAUGCAUUACCACCGGAUAAUAUUGAUAUAUCAAAGGCACCGGUCAAUACUGGACCAUUAAAAUGGAGAAACUUCUUGGUGAGCUUUAUGGUCGAUGCUCGUGGUGGUGCAAUGCGUGGUUGUCGCCAUUCCGGUGUACGUGUUAUAAUACCACCGCGUAAAGCACCGAUGCCAAUGCGUAUUACAUGUCGUUAUGUAAAACGUGAAAAACUUGUCCAUCCACCACCAUUGAUGGAAGGUGAAGCAUGUGCAUCACGUAUAUUGGAAAUGGGUCCAUCAGGAGCCAAAUUUUUAGGGCCGGUUAUAAUUGAAGUACCACAUUUUGCAUCAUUACGUGGUAAAGAACGAGAUAUCGUUAUCUUUCGUAGUGAUAAUGGUGAAACAUGGCGUGAACAUACAUUGGAAGCAACUGAAGAGGCCGUACUUGAAGUUUUGAAUGCCAGUUUUGAUGGCGAAAAUGAUGUCAAUGGAUUAGAUGAUUUCAAUAAUAAUCGUAUUACACGUAUAUUAACAACGGAUUUUCCACAAUAUUUUGCAAUCAUAACACGUAUACGACAAGAAGUUCAUGCAAUAGGACCCGAAGGUGGAAUACUUAGUUCAACUGUUGUUCCCCAAGUGCAAGCUAUUUUCCCUGAAGGAGCAUUGACCAAAAAGAUUAAAGUUGGAUUGCAGGCCCAACCUAUUCCAAAUGAAUUGGUUACAAAACUAUUGGGAAAUCGUGUUGCCGUAUCACCGAUUUGCACCAUUGAGCCGAGGCGACGAAAAUUUCAUAAACCAAUUACAUUGACAAUACCGUUACCACAGGCUGCCAAUCGAGGAAUGAUUAACCAAUAUUCGGUUGAUACACCCACGUUAAGGCUUCUGUGUAGCAUUACAGGAGGAUCAGCAAAAGCUCAAUGGGAAGAUGUAACCGGUUCAACACCAUUAACAUUUGUUAAUUCUUGUGUUUCAUUCACAACAACGGUUUCGGCAAGAUUUUGGUUGAUUGAUUGUCGUGAAAUUAAUAAUGCGACAAAAUAUGCAACCGAAUUAUAUCAGGAAUCAGUACACGUGCCUUUUAUGGCUAAAUUUGUUGUAUUUGCUAAACGUAUGGAACAGAAUGAAGCACAGGUUCGAGUGUUUUGUAUGACCGAUGAUAAAGAGGAUAAAACAUUAGAACAUCAGGAACAUUUUACCGAAAUUGCUAAAAGUCGUGAUGUAGAAGUGUUGGAGAAUAAGGCACAAUUUUUAGAAUUUGCUGGAAAUCUAACACCGGUGACAAAAUCCGGUGAACAAUUGUAUUUGAUAUUCAAUGCCUUCCGUGAGAAUCGAUUACCAUUUAUUGCACGUGUUAAAGAUCCAUCACAAGGUCCACCAUUUGGUCGAAUAGCAUUUAUGCGUGAUAGUAGAAAAAUCAAAUCGGAUCAUCCACAACAACCGAUUUGUACAUUGAAUCUAACGUUGCCGGAAAUAAUGUCUGAAAUUCCUACCAUGUCUGUACGUUCAGGAUUUAUUUCUAGCGAUGUAAUUGCCGCUAAACGAGAUAAACGACAAGUUGAACAAUCAGCAGUUCCAAUGACCAAUGGUUUCAAUCAUGAAAUACAAGAACCACAGAUAAUCGAAGAAACGGUUCAAACAACGGUGACGACAACAAUGAAUGUUGCUGAACCUCAACCAAAAUCGGUUGAACAAAAGAAACGAACCAGUAGUUCUAGUAGUUCAUCAUCAUCAUCAUCAUCAUCAAGUAUGUCUAGUGAUGAUCAGAAGAAAAAAUUACAACAACAAGCGAAACAGCAGCAGCAAAAAAUUGUUGAACAAACCAUUACGGCAACUGAAAUUCAAAGAGAAACAGCUGAUGCAAUGACCAAACCAGAAACAAUGGAAACAUGGCAAUCAAUUGAACAGGAUACCAGUCAAGUUUCUGUAACAAGUUUACCAGAUGAUGAAAAAUCUGAACCAUCAUUAACAAUUUCUAGCAAUGUUAAUGAUGAUGAUUCUAAAAUGGAUACAAUUGUUCAACAAAAAGAAUGGACUGAAGAAGAUGAAGAUGGUGUUGUCAAACACAUUCAACAGACAACAGUCAAAUCACAGCAAUCAGAACCAGGACCAGAAGGUGAUGUUGUUCAUGUCGUUCAACAACAGGAAAAACUAAUUGAAACAACUGCAACAUCUACGGAAGAAGAGAAGGAGAAAGAGAAGAAGAAACCGGACAAACAGAAUCAAGAAUAAUUAUGACCGAAACGGAAACAAUAAUGACCGAUGAUGAUUACCAUGGUACUAGACAUAUGGUUGAAACACAAAUUGAGCACAAACAUCAACA